AUGCUGUCCCGUCGCGAAUCUGCGGGAGAGGUUUGCGGUACCUUAUCCUCCGAUGACGAGCGGAUGAGUCUUGGUAGCGGAGAUAAUUUUUCGGAUGGCGGAUUUGUGUCUCGAUUUGGUGAUCUGUACAGACUGUUCUCUCCUGUUUCCCGGCGUGAUUCGGCUGCGGAGAUGCAAGAAGGAGCUGCGGCGGGAGAGGAGGAGGACAGGAUGAGCCUCGGCGGGCAGGAAGGAGAGGAUGUACAUGCCGCGAAGAAGCCCCCGGCGAAGAAGGUUGAGGAAAAAGACGAACUUGGCACUCCUGCUGUUCUUCCUGCAGAAUCAGAAAAAAAAGUUAUGGACAUGCCCUCGUCAGAUGAUGUUCCGGGUUGCGAAAAAGUGGAGCAUGAAGCAGAAUCUAAGGACACGGUGCUCUUGAAGACGAAACCAGAGCCCGCUCCCGAAGUAGAGGAUCCGCAGGCAAAAGCCGCUCGCGUCGCGGCUAAACUGCAACAAGAGGCUUCGGAAGAGGAGCAGGCCCUUCGCGAGACCGAGAUGCUGAUGCAGGAACUUGCGCGGCAGCGCGCCGAGCUGGAAGCGAAGCGCACGGUGAAGCCAGUCGAGGGAACUACGUCGCCGCGGAAAGCUUGCGAUGAUCAAACAGAAGAGCAAAAAGGAACAGCAGCAACGCAUAGCUUGGAAAAAACUGAAGACGUAGCGGGAAUAAACAACAGUGUGGCUGUAGCUUCUUUUGGCGCAGUAGAGGGAAACGGCGAAGGGUAAGCAGCUUUUUCGAUCCUGAUCCAGUUUCAUGCUUUUAUCCUUCGAUUGUUCAACCUAACAGAGAUGCAAACGGAUCCGAAUAUGCACCUGAAUAUGAAUGAAAACAUCGUAGGCGACGUACAUACUUACAAGUAAACUACUUCAGAUCUUCAUCUUGCACCACGUCAAGCGACAAGCAGCCUGCAGAGGAGAGUGUAGAAACUUUGGGCGAGACAGCCACAGUGCCUGCGCCAAUUGAGAAGAAUUCGAAAAUGGAUAUGUGGCGUGAAUUGGCCGCAAAGAGACCGGACAUGGUUGCGCACAUGCGAAAUCUGAAGGCGUUUCGGGCUGACAAGUGCGUUGGAGCAAACAAGAACUUAGCGCAGACGAACGAGGGGGCGGAGAAUCCAGAAGUAGCUGAGACGAACGGGAACGACGAAAACGAAAAGAAAACUUCGCCUCUAAGCGAUCAUGCGAUCGCAAGUCAGGAGCUUCAUGUUGGUGUCGAGAGCCAAAACGUCCAGGAUCGGAACGACAGAAAAGAUUAUACGCAACAGCAGAUGUCACGGAACAGCCGGAAAGAUUACACCCAGCAGGGGGCUCAGAGACACCAGCAUAUGCAGAACCAAGGCGCAGCCGCAGGCUGGUGGGCGGGUCCACAAGAUUCAGCUGCCGGCGGUCAUGCUGGCGGCUGGGGUGCGGCGCAACAUUCCCAUUCCCAGCAUGGACGUGAAUCGCAAUGGGCACCGCAGCAAAACGACGGCAACUACAACAAAGCCUCCCCGAACAGUUCGCAACAAGGUACUAUCCUAGGGGGGAAUAAAAACUGGCCGGGAUCGUGGGCGGCGUCACCUGCACAGCAAGAUCAGUACAACCAGCAACAAUCCUGGGGGACUUGGUCGGAAGCAAAGGUUAACGCAAGUGAUCCAAAAAGCACCAGCUGGAAGAAUAGGAACAAUGGUGAUUGGUGGUCGCAGGGAAAUAACGGUGGUUCCUGGUCCAGCUGGGACAGUAGAAACAACCAGAAUUACGGACAGAAUCAGAACCAACAAAACUGGUGGUCUGCUGCUUCGGAUGGGGCAAACAACUUGAAGCAGAAUCAGGAUCAUCAGCAGAGGUGGCAAUCGUCAACAAACACGGGCAGAAAUCAAUACCAGCAACAAAACUCCGACACAUCAGCGACAGCUCCUCUAAAGCAUGAACGAACUACGCAGGGAGGACAGCACAUUCGCACCGGGCAGCAGGGUAGGAAGAAUGAUAACCAAAAAGCUAGUACUGUUUCCAAUGACGGCAAGAAUGAUGUGAAUCCAACUCCGUCUCCGACCAGCACUGUGUCUGCACGACCCGUUCUUGCAGCUGAGGCCGAAAUCGCCAAACCCGCAGUGCCGAAAUUUGAUUGGGCUGCGUACGCAAUGAAGCGCAAGGAGCAGGUAGCGAAGGCCGGCCCCGUGAAGCUAGCUGCCGUAAACAAGGAAAGCACGCAGAUGGUUCGAAAAAUAUACAUCAACGUUGCACUCGACCCCGCCCGAUACAGGUGCCGGCAGCGCCUGGUGCGGGCCCAUUUACGCCGACGCCACGCUGUCCGACUUAAGCAGGCUCGCGAAGCAGUUUACGGUGCAGCUGUCGUGGACAAAAAGCAAAACUCGAUGCGCGGCCGGAGAAGCGCGGCGAGGUCUAAGUCCCGUCGAAGCUGCUGCUCAAAAGGCCGCGCUGUUGUUUCUUCUCGACGGGAAACAAGUAAGAAAGGAACAAGGAGCAAAACCGCGCGGAAAAAUCGCGGUGAAGAAGCCGCGGUGACUAUGUUCGAUGUUGGGAGGCCGGAGAAUGAGAAAAUGAUGAAGAAGCAAGCCAACAUGUAUGGAUUUGACACGGAAAAGCCCGAACAGAAGGACAAGUUCGCGUAUUUCGUGGAGAAAGUGCGGAAAGAAGAGUGGAAGGUCGCACUGGAUCACGCUUUUGGCGAGAAGAAGUGGGUGCAAGUCGAAAAACCUGGACCUAAGAAGAAGGAGAAGCGUCCGGUUUGGGACCCAAAGAAAGGACGGGAGUUUUGGCGUCACGUGACCGUACCAAAUUACGAGUGGGUGGAGAAAUCUACGCUGAAAAGGGAUAUUCCGGACCGCCGGGCGUUUGAGGUCGAGAAGCUGUUGCUCCAACUGAAGGACGGCAAGAAGACGCUGAAAGAAGUGCUGCAGCAGAAACUGUUACAGGGGAAGAAAACGAAAGCGUCCUCUGCCUCCCGCGCUGUUUCAUCUAGUGCAACCAGCGCAGCUGGGGCAGCCGCGACGACCGCUGGUGACCACGACAAGGACCGACUACACCAGUUAUGCAAUUGGCACAUGACGCGAACCUGGCUCCAGAGUGUGCAGCGUCUGGUGUGGAACCACGUUGCGAGCGUGCGCUUAGAGCGCAAUGGUACCUCCAUCGAGGUUGGAGACGUGUUGCGGUACCCGGAUGGCACCCUGCGGCAGGUCACGGAGCGGGAUGUGGAAAAACCGAACGCGGAGAAACUUCUCCGGCUAGUCGCGUUGCCGCUGCCAGGUAUAGGUAACAUCAAGUGAGAUCCUGAUAUAAUAAAAUAUGAUUCGUUGCUCAUGAACACUGGCUGCACGCUUUGAUACUUCUAGUCGUGAAGGAGAAGGUGAAAACGAACACGAAGGUAACAAACAGCAGAAUUUUUUACUGCACUCACGCACUUCUACCUACAGGUAAGACCAUUCCCGUGCUCCAGUAUCCGACGAACUUAGUAUCUGUCUACGAGGACUUUUUGCGGGGGGAGCUCGGUAUCACCGACGGAUUGAAAUCCUUCGGGAAACGAUACUGGGGUAAGGAGGCGGUGCACGUGAAAGGGAAGUGGCGGUAUCUGUUCUACCGCCCCGUGGAGCGCGUGACGUUUCAGCUUCUUGACGGCACGGUUCCUCGUUUUGAAGAUGUUGUCUCCGAAAACAGGGUGGCUCCGAUGGAAAGCAAGACAGAAGAUGAAACUCAAGAAACUGCUACUUUAGUACCGCCGAUGGAGAAGGAGAACGACGUGGAUGCCAAACUCGAAGAAACUUCCGCCCCAAUUGCUGGAAAUAACUUGGCUCAGCAGAAUGUUGCCGAAGAUGGUAGGGGAUCAACGCUCCUCGUUGGACCGGGAAUGCAGAGUCUGUUGAAGAAAGCAGGCCCGAAGAAGUGCGCUGCAACCCCGCUGCUACUAUUCGACGACGAAACUGAUAAUGAUAAUUUCGGCGGAAAGCUAGAGGACGAAUCCGAAAACUCCGCCGCAGACGCCACGCAGGUAGCGCUGAAGGUGAAGUUUGAAAUGAAGCGGAAUCGUGCGAAAAAUAGUGACUGCGCUGCCUUUUUGCGAGAACUGUGCCAAUCGUUUUCACCGUAAAAUGUUGUAGGCUAGAACUACGAAGUACAAAAAGAAAAAUUAGCGACAGCCACAGCAUUCACAAAUUUUGCGUACAACGACAUGCGUGUUGAAAUAAAAAUCUUGGUCGUGUUGCACGACGACAUCGAUUUUGAAAAAAUAGUGACCACCUGUUGGAAGUGGGCUACGAUGCUCGUUUCAUCAUAU